CUUCACUCUUCAUACUGUUUUUUAUAAUUUUCCGACACUUGUUUUGGGAAAUAUCUCCCCAAAUUUCCCCCCAAAUUGGCGUAGUCAGAUGAAGAUAGUUCAAGUUUAACUGACCAAUGGAUUAAGAUAAAAUCUUCCUAUUUAUCUCAUUCCGUACAAGAUUAGCGCAAGAUUCAACUCAGAGUUGAGUUUUGCAACGGUAGGUUUUGCACAUGGCGGCCAUGCUGUGUAGAACAUUUGUCCCUUAUUGUGGCUUACAGAGUCGAACAUCUGGAACAUACAAUAGUACAAGCUCUAAAUUCUUAUCUUCACAUUGUUGUGCAAGCAAGGGGUUGUUGGCUUCAUCAUGCUCAACCAUUUUUGCUCCUGAAUAUUCUCAUGCAUUUUUAAGUUCAAGGCAACUUAAAGACUCGUGUUUCAAAAAAUCUCAUUCCGAUCUCAUUGUUAGAGCUGGAAGGAGCUAUUAUUCUGUUCUUGGGGUUGAAGAAAAUGCUAGGAAGUCUGAUAUUAAAACUGCUUAUAAGAAGCUUGCACGGACGUACCAUCCUGAUGUGAACAAAGAUCCAAAAGCAGAACAAAAGUUCAAAGAAAUUAGUAAUGCCUAUGAGGUCUUGUCGGAUGAUGAGAAACGUUCUAUAUAUGAUAGAUAUGGAGAGGAUGGUCUCAAAGGUGGCCCAAGUAUGGGGGGAUUUAGUAGCAUCUUUGAUGAAUUACUCAACAACUUUGAUGGCAUGGGUAUGGGGGGAAGCUUUAGGAAUGGAUUUUCAGAAGGUGAAGAUCUAGCUUACAGUCUUCUACUUGAUUUCAAAGAGGCUGUGUUUGGGGUAGAAAAGGAGAUAGAGAUAACUAGGCUUGAAGAUUGUCCUACUUGUGAAGGCUCAGGUUCCAAGCCAGGUUCUAAGUCUUACGUUUGCAGAUCAUGCAACGGCCAUGGGCAGCUUAUCUCUUCGAUGAGAACACCGUUUGGUAUAGUUCAGCAGGCAAUUGCUUGUCCUGACUGUGAUGGAAUGGGUGAGACCUGUACUCCCUGCAGUAAAUGCCGCGGUGAAGGGCGAGUGAAAAAACCCAAGAAAGUAACCGUUAAAGUCCCUGCAGGAGUAGAUGCUGGGGUCAAAUUAAGGUUAGAAUCCGAGGGCAACUCUGGGAAAAAAGGUGGGCCACCUGGUGAUUUGUUUGUUGUUUUCCAAGUUCGAGAAGACCCUAUUUUGAAAAGGGAUGGAAAUAAUAUCCUUUAUACUUGCAAGGUUUCGUACCUUGAUGCAAUUUUGGGGACUGUACUGAAAGUUCCUACAGUUGAUGGAAUGACUGAUCUGAAGGUUCCGCCUGGUACCCAACCUGAUGUGACAUUUUCGAUGGCGAAAAAAGGAGUGCCCUUUGUCAAUAGGAAGAAUAGGAGAGGUGACCAGUUGGUGAAACUGCAAGUUGAGAUCCCAAAAAAGUUGAAUGAUGAAGAGCGGAAGCUUAUUGAGGAACUUGCCGAACUUGACAAGGCUAAGGUUCCAAGCAGCUAAAGAUUAGCCACACCGCACGCUUUCUGGGUCUGCAUUCUAGAACUUUAUUCCGGAAUAUAUAUAUACACAUGGAAACAUACGGCAUAUAAGAAUUGUUUGUAAGUGGACUAGAAGAUAUGUAUUGCCCGUGAUUUGGAUGCUGAGAUAUACAGUGAUGGGGUUCAUUUGCUGUUUUCCUAUCAUUCUUUCAAUAUCUUGAUUCUUGAAGCAUGGAAUUUUCUGUUGUCAGUUGUACGAUUUUGAUUCCGAAGAUAGCUAUGGAUACAUUAUUGGGAAGAUAUAGUGGAUUGCUCUAGCUUUGGGGAAUAUCAAUAAUCUUACUGAAUCAAGAACCAGUGGCAACAGAGAUUAGAUAACCACUUGUGGUUACUACUACUGAAGUAGAAUUUAAUCCUCGGUCUAAAGGUGCGCUUGUUUUUUUAAUCAAUUUUUGCUUAUUUGUAGUUACAUGAACCUAUUAGCUCUGAUUAGAAUUUUUACGGCCUAUGGGAUAUGGCUAUAUUUAUAAUUGAAUGAAUUUGCAUGUCUUCAGAUUUGUUUAUAAAAUUUAUUUGGAAAAUAUUCUUGAAAUUAGAUCGCGAAAUAUGGUAUCGGACUUUGAACUUUGACGUACAAAA